UACACCCAAGCAGCGCAGACCGGUCGGCACUUGGAAUAAACAUCGUCGCGGUAUUACUGCCCUCUGUCCAUCUUUAUUAUUAGCGCUUCGCUCCGCCCUCCUACCUGUAAAUCUCCCCACUCUCCUCUGGAGCGGAUCUGACAGGCGCUCUCAGCUGGCCGCUCUGUGCCAGGGCUGCAGGGGAUCGAAUGGAGACAGUGACAUCCACCCGAGCGCGAGUCCUUUUUACGCAGAAUUGACAACUAAAACGCCCGCAAGAUGAUGUAGUCUUCAGAGACAGCUAUUCAGUUGUAUAUUUAAAUUAUCUCUUUUUGUUUUUCGUUUUGUUGCAAGCCGUUCACGGUCGAUUGACGCCUAAAGAAAGUGAGAACGAUCGAUCGAAAUCUCCGGCUGCUGAUCGACAGGAUCCCUGAAUGGAAGACAACUAGAGAGGUGCCUCGCCGACAACAGGCUGCAGUAAACAAUUCCACUGUCGUUGUGUUUACCAUUACCCGAAAUAUCAUUGGCAGCCUCGACGGCUGCAAACGACGCCGUCUUCACCAUGGCUUUUGGCGUGAAAGAGCCAGAAAACCCCUCAGGCUGAGAAGCAAUGACAAUUAGUAAAUAUUGCGGAUUUAAAUGCCUCUCUCCAAGGGCCACCGACCCACUAUUUUGGUCCGGUUCGCGUGUGCGGUGUCUCACGCUGUCACGAAUAAACAAUUCAUAGGCUGCUAAAAUACAGAAAGAGACUCCAUCGGGUGGGUGAACAUAUUCUACAGUGAGGGGGGGAUUUUUUUCCAAGCAAUAUGGCUGGUGAGUGGGGCUGGGGACGCUGGCACAGGCUAUCCAAGGCUCCUAAAUGCUAGCUGAGGCAGAUGGCACCGUUCCCCAUGGAAGCGACAGCUCUAUGAGGACAAGCAAUAUCAUUAAUAAUAUAAAUCCGGACUCUUCAAUCUUAAUAUCCAAGAUGGAAGACGUUGUCAUCCCGUUCUCGUCUGAGGUGCCCUGCGACAAUAAUGGACAGCGCAUGUGGUGGGCAUUCCUCGCCUCCUCCAUGGUGACGUUUUUUGGGGGUCUCUUCAUCAUCCUGCUGUGGAGAACCCUCAAAUAUAUGUGGACUGUUUGCUGCCACUGCAACGUCAAACACAAGGAGGCUCAGAAGGUGAUCAAUCCGGCAGCAGACAAACCAAAGGAUGAGAAGGAGGAGGUCCCAAUCAGCGAGGUGGGAUGGAUGACUUCAGUCAAAGACUGGGCUGGUGUCAUGAUCUCCGCUCAGACAAUCACUGGCAGAGUUCUGGUGGUGUUAGUCUUUGCGCUCAGCAUCGGGGCCCUUGGAAUAUACUUCAUAGACUCCUCAGAUCCUAUAGAAUCCUGCCAGAAUUUCUACAAAGAUUUCACGUUACAGAUCGAUAUGGCCUUCAAUGUCUUCUUCCUCCUUUAUUUUGGUCUGCGAUUUAUCGCGGCCAAUGAUAAACUGUGGUUCUGGCUGGAGGUCAACUCAGUGGUCGACUUCUUUACCGUUCCUCCCGUGUUUGUUUCUGUCUACUUGAACAGAAGCUGGCUCGGUUUAAGAUUUCUCAGAGCACUAAGAUUGAUACAGUUUUCAGAAAUCCUCCAGUUUUUGAAUAUCUUGAAAACAAGCAACUCCAUUAAGCUGGUGAACCUGUGUUCCAUCUUUAUAAGCACAUGGCUCACAGCGGCAGGAUUCAUACAUUUGGUGGAAAACUCAGGGGAUCCUUGGGAAAACUUCCAGAAUUCCCAGUCACUUUCCUAUUGGGAAUGUGUCUACUUGCUGAUGGUGACAAUGUCAACAGUGGGCUACGGGGAUGUCUAUGCAAAAACCACCUUGGGGCGCCUGUUUAUGGUCUUCUUCAUCCUUGGUGGUUUGGCCAUGUUUGCUCGCUACGUGCCAGAAAUUGCUGCUCUCAUCCUUAAUCGGAAGAAAUACGGAGGGAGUUAUAACUCGACACGAGGCAGAAAGCAUAUUGUGGUCUGUGGUCAUAUUACCCUCGAAAGUGUCUCCAACUUCCUCAAAGACUUCCUACACAAGGACAGGGAUGAUGUCAAUGUUGAAAUUGUUUUUCUCCAUAAUAUUUCCCCUAAUCUUGAGCUGGAAGCCUUGUUCAAACGCCAUUUUACCCAAGUAGAGUUCUACCAGGGAUCUGUUCUCAACCCUCACGAUCUCGCCAGAGUGAAGAUCGAGUCAGCAGAUGCCUGCCUAAUCCUAGCCAACAAAUACUGUGCAGAUCCUGAUGCUGAAGAUGCAUCGAACAUCAUGAGGGUUAUUUCGAUCAAGAACUACCAUCCCAAGAUCAGAAUAAUCACACAGAUGUUACAGUACCACAAUAAGGCCCAUCUGCUGAACAUUCCAAGCUGGAACUGGAAGGAGGGUGAUGAUGCUAUCUGCCUGGCGGAGCUGAAGGCAGGCUUCAUAGCCCAGAGCUGUCUGGCCCAGGGCCUGUCCACCAUGCUAGCCAACCUCUUCUCUAUGAGGUCCUUCAUUGAGAUUGAGGAGGACACAUGGCAGAAGUAUUACCUAGAAGGGGUGGCUAAUGAGAUGUACACAGAGUAUUUGUCCAGUGCCUUUGUCGGCCUCACCUUCCCCACUAUCUGUGAGCUGUGUUACGUGAAGCUGAAGCUGUUGCUUAUUGCCAUCGAAUACAAGUCUGAGCAGAGAGAGAGCAGCAUCCUCAUCAACCCGGGCAACCAUGUCAAGAUGCAGGAGGGAACGCUGGGAUUCUUUAUCGCCAGUGAUGCCAAAGAAGUAAAGAGGGCAUUUUUCUACUGCAAAGCUUGUCAUGACGACAUCACAGACCCUAAGCGGAUCAAGAAGUGUGCCUGCAAACGACUGAUUUAUUCCAAGAUGUCCGUCUACAAACGAAUGAAACUGGCAUGUUGUUUUGAUUGCGGCUGUUCAGAGCAAGACUGCUCUUGCAUGUCAGGCAGUGUACAUAGUAACAUGGACACCCUUCAGAGGGCCUACCCACUUUCCUCUGUCUCUGUUCAUGAUUGCGCAACCACUUUACGUGCCUCCAAAUAUAAGUAUAAUGGAUAUGUCAGAUCACCAGCAGAUGGCGCUACAACACCAGGGAACAGUGGAAGUCAGAAAGAGGCUGGCGUUCGAUUCAAAGCUGAUUGCAAUUUAGUCGAAGACGAGCAUCCAUCAACUCUCUCGCCCAAAAAAAAGCAGCGCAACGGAGGGAUGCGAAACUCACCCAACUGCUCACCCAAAAUGAUGAGUCGACACGACCCCCUUCAAAUUCCUGGAAAUGAACAAAUUGAGAGCAUGGACAUGAACGUGAAGAGGUAUGACUCGACGGGGAUGUUUCACUGGUGCCCGUCAAAGGAAAUCGAAAAAGUUAUCCUGACCCGGAGUGAAGCCUCCAUGACAGUGCUGAGCGGCCAUGUGGUGGUCUGUAUAUUUGGGGAUGUCACGUCCGCUUUAGUGGGGCUGCGAAACUUGGUGAUGCCUUUAAGAGCCAGCAACUUCCAUUACCACGAGCUAAAGCCUAUUGUUUUUGUGGGCUCGCUGGAUUACCUGCGGAGAGAGUGGGAGACUUUACACAACUUCCCCAAGGUCUCCAUCUUACCUGGUACGCCAUUAAGUCGGGCAGAUUUAAGGGCUGUCAACAUCAACCUCUGCGACAUGUGCGUUAUACUGUCAGCCAAUCAGAACAAUAUCGAAGAUACCUCACUGCAGGAUAAGGAAUGCAUCUUGGCAUCACUCAACAUCAAAUCUAUGCAGUUUGAUGACAGCAUCGGGGUCUUACAGGCUAAUUCCCAAGGUUUCACGCCUCCUGGAAUGGACAGGUCAUCUCCAGACAGCAGUCCAGUACAUGGCUUUGUGCGUCAGGCUUCCGUCACCACCGGAUCCAACAUCCCCAUCAUCACAGAGCUAGUGAACGACUCAAACGUUCAGUUCCUGGACCAAGAUGAUGAUGACGACCCAGACACAGAGCUGUAUCUCACUCAGCCCUUCGCCUGCGGCACCGCCUUCGCUGUCAGUGUACUCGACUCCCUGAUGAGCGCGACAUACUUUAAUGAUAACAUCCUCACGCUGAUUCGGACGCUGGUCACAGGGGGAGCCACACCAGAGCUGGAGGGCCUGUUGGCUGAGGAGAACGCCCUGCGAGGUGGUUACAGCACACCGCAAACACUGGCCAACAGAGACAGGUGUCGCGUCGCCCAGCUAGCCCUCUACGACGGGCCAUUUGCCGACUUGGGGGAUGGCGGCUGCUACGGGGAUUUAUUCUGUAAAGCACUGAAGACGUACAACAUGCUGUGUUUUGGAAUCUACAGAUUAAGAGACGCUCACCUCAACUGCCCGAGCCCGUGUACAAAACGGUAUGUGAUCACGAACCCACCAUAUGAGUUUGAGCUCGUGCCCACAGACCUGAUAUUCUGCCUCAUGCAGUUCGACCACAAUGCAGGCCAGUCCCGGACAAACUUGUCCCACUCUUCCCACUCCUCCCAUUCCUCCAGCAAAAAGAGCUCCUCUGUCCACUCCAUCCCGCCCUCCAACCGGCAGAACCGCAACAGUAAGACCCGGGAGGCCCGCGACAAACAGAAUGCAACAAGGAUGAAUAGAAUGGGCCAAGAAAAGAAAUGGUUUACAGAUGAAACAGAAAAUGCCUACCCACGGAAUAUUCAGAUCAAGCCCAUGAGCACUCACAUGGCCAACCAAGUCAACCAAUACAAAUCCACUAGUAGUCUGAUUCCACCAAUCAGAGAAGUUGAAGAUGAAUGCUGAACACAGGGUUUUCUUGCUGACUCACCAGGCAUCUGUAUGCUCUUUCAAAAGAGAUGGGAGAUCACCCAUGGAGGAUUGAUGAUGAUGAUGAUGAUGAUGAUGAUGAUGACAGGGAUGUUGAAGACUGACACAUUUCUCUUCACUCAUUCUUCUAAUCAAGGGUUGGACAGAAACCCAAACUAGAUGGGACCUCCCCUUGUGUAUACCUUUAAUGUUACUUCCAUGCUCUUGGACAUAGUUUUAUUUAUUAAUGUAUCCAUAGUGAUGUACAUAAUGACAAUCAAAUAAGGAUUGUACAGCCCCUUCCCCCUAGCACUUUUUGGAUUUAUUUUAAGAAUUGAAAAAAAGAGUACUUCCUGUAAUUCUUUGCAAUAGUUCACCUCUUCGUGUGACCAGACCCCAUUGCUAAGGUGACUGGUUAUUGGAGGAUGAGGGUUGCAGCGAUAACAUGUUCAUAUCAUCUCCCAAAGAUCCGCCCAGAUGCGUCACGUCAAACCAGCUGGAUUCAUCAACUUCAUAUCCCCUGGCUUCUGUUCUAUUUGCACUAAAACUGAACAAGUUUCUUUUGACAGAACAACUGGAACCAUCAGAUCCCCCUCCAAUAAAAUGUCUCUGAGGAGAUGAAGGAAGGAAGAAAGGAAGAGGGAGGGAGGGCUGCUUGGCUUCGAAAGCAUACUAGUCUUGUUCUUGGGUUGUUUUACAUCAUGUCAUUGCUUAAGGUUUGCUACUUCACUGUUGACUCAUCAUGUUGAGUGAGAGCAUUCCACUCCUGCUGAACAAAGUAAUCUUUCAUAACAGUAGUUUAAAAACUCGAAGAAUGGUGCAGUGUUGGCGUAUACUAGCGGAAAGAGAACCCUGUACCUGCUGUAUGUAUCUGCUGAUACGUCAGAUCAUAAAGCCUGUGACUCUGUUUGAAGCGCCUAUCGCAUGAUAUGUGCCUGAGCCCCCUUCUAUAACAGAUACAGUGCGGUUGAUCAACCUGCGUACAUGAGAAGGAUGAAAAACAACUACCCUUGUCCUUCAUGUGUUCAGGAGCAUUUACGUUAUGUGCACGCUGUGUCUGUGUGUGUGUGUGUGUGUGUGUGUGUGUGUGUGUGUGUGUGCCCUGAUCAGUGGUCUCAUCUCCUCCAUUGCCGUGUAUGUGAUGGUGCACCUUUAAAAGAACAGCAUGUGGAAACUUUGCUCUAAAAAUGAAAGUCAUGGUAGACAAAAAAGAGUAGACGAGUCUAGAGGGUUUGGAUCUACAAACAAAAUUAUUAUGUUGCAUCAAAAAUCAGACCAAAAUCCCAAACUAUGAUUGAGCCAAGCUAACACGAACAGCAGCUGCGUGUCCACCGUUGACGCUUUGCCGUGAUAUCUGCGGCAGAAUUUGGGAUCACAAAGAGUGGUGUAUUUUCUGAAUGUUUCGUCUGUUACAAAAAGUACAUGUCUGAGGAAAGAAAUGCCACAUAUUGCAUAAAAGUGGGCUUCAAUGGGUCCUCCUCUGAUCAAAACAACUGCCUGGCACAGGGUUGGCACAGAGGCAGUAAAGAGCUUGGAUGUUCUCUGUUGCCAAUCCAGAUGUCACACGCCUCAAAACUCUCAGGAGUUAAGCUGCUAUGUUCGGUCCUCUCGCAUGGGGAAAUGCUCAAACAUAGAUGGGUGGAAAUGCAACACUGCACACAGACUGCUAAUAAGGAUACUGCAGAGGAACCAGUGUUCUUUAUGCUAGCCUGUGUUCAACAUUAGUGUGUGUUUUGCACGUUUAGGCACUGUUAGAUCCAAAUCCAGCUGGGAUAGUGAUGGAGGAUUGAGGCGUUAGCCUUGUACUCCUAAUACAUAAACUUCAUGCAAAUAUGUAGUUGAAUUCAUACAUUUAAACAUAAUUAUUUUGUAUCCAUAAACAUAAUCAAUUUGUACUUAUUUUUCUAGACAAGAACCAAGUGAAAAGUACUACGGGAGAUUAAAAGACUCAAAUAAUCUUUUACCUACAUAUCAAAGGAUUUUGUCUUGGACUAUAUCACCCCUCUGUGCCCUCUUUAACAACUGCAUCACUCUGGAGCCAAUAAAGCUUAGACUAGCUUGUAUUGUGAAACUACCGUCUUCAGCCUGGCAGCUCAGCUAUAGAGACUGUUGGGUGCUUGUAGAAAUAGAUUAAGGCUCAUCUGACUCCUCAGAUGCACAGAUGAGCCAUAUCUAUUAAAUAAUGUGUCUACUGCUAAGCAUCCCUAGCUGCAAACAUGCAGACGGAAAGAUAGGUGAAAAGGAGUUAUGGGAUGGUAAAUGGUGUAUUUAGGUGGAGAGCAGAACAGAGUGGUAUUAAUAACGUGAAGAUCAUAGAGUCGCUCUCUCUGUGUGCAGGCCGGAACUGAAUAACCAUUAGUUCUGUUUGACCUAAAUUAGGUCUCUAGUGUGGAGGAAGAGUGUGUAUUUUACACCUAAGCACAGUGUGCUGGUGUUUUCCACAUAAUCAGAUUUCAAAUAUGACAGGGAAACACAGUAGUUUAUUGCAGUGAUUCUUCUCUAUAGGCUAUAAAGAAAAAUUAAGUGAAAAAAAAAUUGGAAUAUAAUAAUAUUGUGCUAAAUAUGUUUGUGUAAAUUCAACCCAUUAUAUAAACCACAUUUCUUUUUCAAACAAAAUGAUCUGAGCUUCAAUGUCCGUCUAUUGGGUGUGUUGCAAAUAUACUGAAGCCUCAUACACAUUGUCCUGAAGUGAACUUUUGAACUGUGAUUACAUCGUUGUCACACUUUGUAGCAAAUAGAUUUCUUUUCAGAAAACAUGUGAGUGAAAUGUAUGUAUAAUUGGGUUGGUAAUAGCAACUUGCUAGCCUGAACACUAAGGAACUAUUAAUAUUUGAUAAUGGCAUUAACUUAUUAUACAUAGAAUCGACAAACUGAUUGUUAUGUUGAAAAAAAGACAAAUCUUGAAAAUGAAAUAUCCUGGUUUCUUGUGGGAGAAUAUUAAGUAGGAAAAGUCAGGCGGAAUUUGAUCUGGUUUAUCAGCCAUUACAAAGAAGAAGGUAGCACCAAUUCAGCAGAGGUUAUCAAAAGAGAGAACAUCCUUAAUUUCCCUGUUUUUAUUACUUUGUGUUAUUACAGGGUUUACAUUCCAUUUUGUCAGCUUGUCAUCUGUCACAAUCUGUCACAACUGCUUCUUAUUUGUUUACAGAGUAUUUUAUUAGGGUACUUAAACAUAGCAUUGUUCAGAAAUAAAACGGUACAUGCUGCAAACUGGCAUUAACAUAAACUCACAAAGUAAUGCACCAUUUGUUUUCCUUAUCCUUGAUUACUGUGCUUUUUCUACCUGAACCCUCAUUGUGCGACUCAUUCAGGCUGGCAUUAUUCACAACACUGGACUGAGAUUUAUCUCCUUCCUACACCUUGUCAUAUGUCUCUGUUAGAUGUUUUAGGUCUUUGCAUUGUAUACCUCUAAAGUUUUUUAGAGUGUUUUUUGAAGUGCCAUGAAGAGUUUAGUUAAGCAAGCAUCCUUCAGUCAUUCUGGGACACAAGCUCGCUUUGAGGGAGCUGAGUCCAAGUGUUUUCCACUAUGAGAAUGGUGUAAUGUACUUGCAUGGAGAACAUCCAAGCCAUUAAUGCCUCCAUGCAAGUAUAGUGCCAGGCAAUGUAGAAGGUCAAGAGGAGGGCCCAUAUUAAGUCCCACUAUAGCGAAAAGUGGCAUUCAGAGAGACAGCUGGGGCAGAUGGAAGCCCCGGUCAUCAUACCACACAUAUCGUCUGCGCAUAUGGAUGACUGAAAGAUGCACAUAGAGGCACAUGCCUGUAACAUCAGAUGUGUUGUUGUCUACUGAACAAAACAAAGACUAUGAUACGUCAUACGUUACUGUUACAGUAUGUUGCAUUAUUUUUGUUAAUCUAUUUUUUGCUGUAAAGGAUGGAUAUAAUAACUUAUUUGCUGGGAAUUGUACUAGAUAUAAUAGAACAUAUAAAACUUAUGGGGAUGGGAGGUGGGUCUCAAGUCUUAACAAUACAUUAAAAUUGCAUUCAGCAAUUUUUUUGUUUAAAAAAAAAAAAAAGAAAAGUUGCAAUUUUUGUUUAUUACUUUUGGCUGCCUAUCAGUUCAGGAAGAAUUCAGGACAUUGUUCUUGCGUAUCACAGAUAGGAUUUGUUGGCACAUCAUCAUUGCAGCAAACAGGAGUUUGACAAAGCAGUCUAAUUAGUUUGGAUGUGUUCUAGAUAUGAUGGAUACAUGGAUUAUUUGAUGGUGCUGAGUUGAUCUACCUGACUCUGUCAAAUAUAAUCUGCUGAUAAAUAUACUGUCUUGUACAAAAAGGUUGUACAUAGAUUGUACAUGGUUUCUUUUUGUAUUUUCUCAAAUUAAAAUGGAUGUAUUUGUGUUCUAAACCUG